GCAUGGCGACGGGGAAGCGUUGCUUCGCUCUUCAUUUGCUAAAUUUGCUAAACCUUUGAUAGGUUAUUACUUCUACGAUAUUUGAUUGUAUCACUACGUCAGCAUGUUUACGGUUAAGUACAGUGAAGUUUCUGGAUGGAUCCGAGCUCUGCCAUCUCUCCCUCAGAAUAUUUCCGAGGUUGGGAUAUGCUGAGUGUAGUAUUAUGGACUCAAGAAUAGGGAGUGUGUCAUCUGGACUGGGGUACAGCCCUGGUGUGAGAGGAAAGGCUUUGAAAAGUAGUCCUUUCUGUCCACUCUCCUCUAGCAAGUUGACACAAUCCAUCAUUAAAGACCACAUGGUGUCUCAUUACAAAAAGGUUUACUCAGCUAAAGCUGCCAUUGAUACCUCAGUACCCAAAAGCUUGCUGUAUAGUGUGAAGUACAAUGACCAGAUCAAGCGGGAUAGGUUGAGGAAAAAUGGCCGUCCUCAGUCAGCACCUGCACAGAGGAAUAGCAGAACUUCAUACUCUUCAUCACAGAGCAGAUUAUCUGUGCAGUAUGAUGACAGCACCUACCUUUGCUCGAGGAGCUCCUUGGUUUCCAGCCCUAGGUUCAACACCACCUUUAAAGUCAAUGAGAUGGUUUAUCCAUCGCUCAAAGUCAGCUCUCAUCACACUCGCCCAGCAUCAGAAUUGAAGUAUCGGAGCCCGGAGGCAGCUCUUCGAAGAAAGUCGUCAGCUUGUUCAUUGGCAGCAUCUGGAGAUCAGAGUUCCUACAAAACCUUCCAGGACCCUGUCCGGAAGACAUACAGCGGAGACUUGCUACUGAAACAUUCACAGCACUUUACACAAGACAAACCUUUCACUCCUAAGACCUUAAAAUCAGAUAAGAGCUCAUACCUGUCAAAAUAUCGCUACUACAGAGCACCACAGAGAAAACCUACUCAGGACUGCAGCAACUCAACAUCAUUUCAGCAGGAGAUGUGUGAUGGAAGCGUAAAGAACAAGGACUCCACGCUGGAUGUUGAUGAGCCAUCUCAGGGAUUUAUUACAGAGCAUGAGUGGUUUGAGGAUGAGCUUAAUGGCACAUAUUCAUCAUCAAGACAAAAGAGUCGAGCAGCCAAGGGCAGAGAGCGCAGUUUUUUCAACUCCUGGUCCAGGGUCUCACCAGAAAAUAGGAAAUCUCCCAAUAUGAUGAGAGUGUCCACAGAGAAUAGAGAAGAAGAAUUAAUGUACCUUGAAUUCAUUUCUGCUGUGACAGAGGAUAUCUUGUCCAGGGGACACAUUUCUGACAGGGUCCUAGACCGUGUGUUAAAUCGGCACAUCGACAUGAAUCGUCAUCAACUGGAUGAGGGUAAAAUGCGCCACCUGCUGGAAGUGUUGCGUAAAGACUUUGACGAACCAACCAACAUAUCCAACUCCAAUGCAGAGCUUGAAAAAAAGGAGAAUUAUCUGCUUGAUAGCCUCCUACCAUGUCUGGAAUCAGUGGGAAAACAUGUAAAGACCAAAGAAGACAAUGACUUGUUCCCUUAUGUUUCCCCAAUUAAACACUGUGAUUUUCCAGCUUAUACUGAUCCCUUAUUGGCCUCUACGCCCUUACGCUCUCCUGCAAGAACUCCUUCUCAAACUGAAAUAACUGAAAAAGAUAAGAAGGGUGACAGUGAGGGAAAGUUUAUUGACUCUUCUUUGGUCAGUGAGCAUGUCACUGAUAAUACAACAGCCAGUGAAGAGGAUUUCCAUAUAAUAGGCACAACUGUUACAACCAGCGUCCACAGUGAAACCCAGGAGAAUUCUGCUAUAGCCAGUGAUCAAGAGCAAGCUGAUGGACAGUCUAAUGAGCUUGAGGAUCUAGGGAAAAGUUUGUCAGAGUCGUUGCAUGUGUCCAGCAACACACACUGUGAAAGUGCUGCCAGUGAGCAACAUUCAAAUACAGGGGAUUCUGGCAGCGAUGAUGAAUUUUAAGUUUUUAUUGUACUGUGGGAUUUUAUAUCCAUCUACAUUUUUACCGAGUGAAGUGUGUUCCAGAGAAUGAAGUGAUAUUUUACAUUUUUAAAAGGUGUCAUAUAAAAAGAAAUAACACUGGUUAUUUACGAGCCUCACUAAAGAGUGUUGUACUUCUGCUUUGUUUUCGAUGAAUUUUUAACAACAAAAGCACAAUGAAAAUGUCACAAAAAUAAGUCUGAGCUUUAAAGUUCUCAUUUAGGAUGGGGAUAAGCUUGAUCACUUAGGGUUAGGUGGCUGAGCUGCAGUUUACCUCUGCAGUUAGGUUCAGUAUACUGCCCUGUCAGUUUUAAGUACGAUGUAGCACAAGUUAACAUUUUCAGAUAAGGUGUGAAGUGUGUUCAAUCUGAAAAGUCCACUGUUACCAGAAAGUGUCUUUACAACUCCAAUAAAAUUUGCUUUUCAUUCA